AUGGAGAGCAGUGAAGUUAGUGCCAUUGAGCAAGAGACAGAGACAGUGUGGCUCUUCACUGUAGAUCUGCUUGAGGUUGCCACAGCAUUGAGAUCCUGGAGAAGGGGCAGUACCCUGCACAAAUGUCACAACAAGAAUCAGAUUCAGCAAUUAAAAGGAGCAUCCGUGUCAUCUAACGGAAAUGCUAACCAGCUCAUUAUAAGCCCUUUUUGGUUCUCAGAGUACUUCUGCAUGGUCAUGAGGAUCAAUAUUGAUUGCAAUGGAUGUUACAAAAAAGUCAAGAGAGCCAUUCUUGAUAUGCCAGAGUUGGACAGUCAUCUUCUUGAGAAGAAGCAGACAAGGGUAGUUGUAUGUGGCAGGUUCAUCCCACAAGAUGUUGCAAUCAAGAUAAAGAGAAAAACUAACCGGAGAGUUGAGAUUUUAGACAUACAAGACUUGAGCGAGAGCAAUGAAGAAAUGGAAGACCAGAAACCAAUGACCAAUAAUUGGACUCUUCUACCCACCCGGAAUCAAAUAGAAACAUGUCUGGUUUGA